CCGGUGCUUCACCUGCAGGGCAUUGAAAUCAUCAUAAACUUAUAAUAAACUUAUAAUAAAGUUAUUAAAGUUGAGUUUGAGCUCUGACAGCGAUCCUGCACUGCACAGAGAGUCAGACUGAGCAGAUUCAUGCUGUUACAGAGGAGCUUGGUGAGGAUUUGAACCUGUUUGGGAACCUGUGGGGACAGAAUGAAGUUGAUGAGCUCGAAUAAACCAGCGCUCCCCUGGUUGGGCCUGGACGUCGGCGGGACUCUGGUGAAGCUGAUCUACUUCGAGCCGCGGGAAAUGACGGACGAGGACGCGGAGGAGCUGGAGACGCUGAGGACCGUGGGCUCGUACCUCACGUCCAGGACCUCGUACGGGGCGGCCGGCGUACGCGACGUUCACCUGGAGCUGCGCGAUCUGAGCGUGUGCGGACGCACCGGCACGCUGCACUUCAUCCGCUUCCCCACCGCCGCCCUCACGCCAUUCUUCAGCACCGGGAGGGAGGGGCACGUGGGCAAACUGCGCCGGACCGUCUACGCCACCGGGGGCGGGGCCUACAAGUUUGAGAACGACUUCAAGACGAAGGCCUGUGUGGACCUACAGAAGCUGGACGAGCUGGACUGUCUGAUCCGGGGUCUGCUGUACCUGGACUCGGUGGGGUUUAACGGGAAGCCCGAGUGUUAUUAUUUCGAGAGGGCGUCGGACCCGCAGCGCUGUGUGAAGCGCCCCUGUCACCUGGAGAACCCCUUCCCCAUGCUGCUGGUCAACAUCGGCUCGGGGGUGAGCGUCCUCGCCGUGCACUCCCCGAAAAACUACAGACGCAUCACUGGAACCAGUCUGGGUGGGGGUACGUUCCUGGGUUUGUGCUGUUUGUUGACAGGAUGUGACACGUUCGAGGAGGCGUUGGCGAUGGCGAGUGCGGGCGACAGCAACAACGUGGAUAAACUGGUGAAGGAUAUUUACGGAGGAAACUAUCAGCGCUUCAGCCUGCACGGGAACACCGUCGCUGCCAGUUUUGGUCACAUGAUGAGUAAGGAGAAGAGAAGCGGUAUCUGUAAGGAGGAUUUGGCGAGAGCGCUGCUGGUCUCCAUCACCAACAACAUCGGCUCCAUCGCCCGCAUGUGCGCCAUGAACGAGAACAUUAACAGGGUGGUUUUCGUGGGGAAUUUUCUGAGGAUCAACACGUUAUCCAUGAAGCUUCUCGCUCACGCCAUGGACUUCUGGUCUGAAGGACAAAUGAAGGCGCUUUUCUUAGAGCACGAGGGGUAUUUCGGAGCAGUUGGGGCUUUUUUGGAGCUCUUGAAGUCGUCUGAGGGCCCCUGAGAGACGUUGUUGGGGUUGCUGUAAAAUCUGAAUGAGGUUAAUCUGUGUAUAUAUUGUGUAUCAUAUAGAAAACAUAGGAUUGUUUUUUCUUUUCGGGGGUGGGUUGUGUAGUGAUUGUGUACAUGUGUAUUUUAUUGGGGGGUAAUGUAAAGAUAAAUGUUUUAUAACUGUUAAACAGCUCAGAAAAACAGAGAAUUUAUAUUUUCAAAAAUAUAUUUUAUAGCAGAAACUAAAAUAUUCCGGUGUAAAUUUUAUAUAUUAAAAUAUUUUAGAUUUUUCUGGUUGAUUUAUUUUCUUUCUAAAGGAAAGAUUUAAUUUAGUUUAAUUAGUUUUAUUUCCAUUUUAAAGGAAAUAUAAACUGUAGUGAUUAAAUCAUUCGCAUUUUAUACAUUUUAUAAUAUUUGUAUAAUAUUUUUGGGCAGAUUUGUGUUUUAAUAAUGAGUUUUAAUGCUGAUGAAAAUAUUUGAUAUUUCUGUACAGAAAUAAAAUAUAAUAUAUUUUUAAAUUAUUUUUUAGUGAUUUAGAUAAAAGAUUUUGUAUUUUACUGGCUGCUUGAUGUUGCUUUAAAAAAUGUAAAAUAAAAAAACUGUG